UUCUUCCUGGCAUACCCUCUUCCCCUGUAGCUCCAAAUGUGCACCUGAGGCCCCUAGGCGAUGCAUAUCCAUUGCUCUGCCUGGGGCAGAGGCUUUGGUGGACCUGUGGGAGGUGGGCAGGGCCUAGGUUAGGCCUACGUCAGGGAGGGACAGAGGAAGAGGAAGUAUCUUAGGUCCUGGGGAAGACUGGCUUGUCUUGGUGGGCAGGGACGGUCAUUAGCAGCUUUCUGGACCCACAGAAACAGACAGAAUGGACUUCCUCCGGCAACACCUCCCUGGGCUACAUCAAGCCUUAAGGGGGGCACUGGACUCCCUCAGCACUUUUGUCUCCUACCUCAUGGGAGAUGAGGUCCCCACUGUAGAGAGGGAGGCACAGGCAGCUGAGGAGCUGGGGGAGGUGGCUGCAAGAGGGCCAGAGAAGAUUGAAGCCCAGGAGGCUCUGCACAGCCUUAGAGGUGGCCAAAGCCAGGGGGUUGGAGCACUGAGAGGGCCUGCAGAGGCUGAAGGAUGCCAGGAGCAGAGCUCGGCUGCAGAACAGGUCUGGGGGUGGGGAGAAGGCAGCUCCUGCAGGUCCCAAACAGGUAGGCGGGACUCUGGGACCUGGGGGGCAGUCACAGCAGCCAGGGUCCCAGAGCCAAGUGUUCUCUUGAAGGCCAAGAAGACAUCUGAGGCAGAGUCUGGACCUCACAGAGACAGGAGCAGUCAAGCCAAGGAGAGACAGGAGUCUGAAGAGCAGGAAGUAAACAGAGGGGACACGCUGAGAACCUGGGAACAGGAGGAGGAGGAGGAAGAAGUCAGAGCAAGAGAGCCAGGGAUGGCCAGAGGGGUGGAGUCAGAGCAGCCCUGGCAUUGGGAGCCCGAGGCAGAGGCUGGUGCCGAGAGGGAGGAGGUGGCCAGGGACACGGUGGAGACAAGGCCUGUGGUCAGGGAGGCAGUUGCAGAAACUGAAGUGUCUGGGGCCACAGGGCCUCGGAGGGAAGAAGGGGAGGUGGUAGAAGCAAGGACUGGCCAAAGCACAAGGGUCCAAGGGACACAUGGCCCAGGAGCAGAGUCUGAGGAUUGGACAGCCUCAGCCAGGGAGGAGGCUGACCUCCUAGGAGUCAGGGGGACAGAAGAUGGGCUAGUCCCAGGAGACAGACGACCAAAAGCUACUAGUAGUAUCAGGAUCCCAGAGGAGGCAUCCAAUGGAGACCAGGAAGAGGAGCCAGAGGAGAAGACAGCAGAUGAAGUGAAAGUUUUCCCCAAACAGCCCUGGGCCCUAGUUACUGAAGCAAUAGAAGAGGCAGCUGAGGGCCAGAAGACACGGCAGGGGGCUGCAGGAGCCCAGGAGCCAGAGGAGGAGGCAGGAGAACACUUUGAGGGCAAGACAGGUCUGUAUAGGACCGAGGCCCACGGCAGGCAAAACUCAGAGAGCAGGGCUGAUGGCACCAGGCCGAGGGAGGAGGCCCCAACAGAAGAGCCCCAGGAGAAGAAAGGGAGUCGCCGGGCCCCAGAGGCUGAGCUGGCCCCAGACAAGGAGGCUGAAGGUGAGGUGGACUCAGAAGCAGCCCUGGAGGCUAGGCCUGAGGAGGAGUUCCUGUGGGAGAGAGGCCAGGAGGAUCAGAUGAGCCAAGGAGCCCUGGGGGUGGAGUGGGGAGAUGCCCAGGCGCCAGCAGAGCCACCUGAAGAAGGACAGGGGGGUCAGGGGGCACACAGGCGAGGUCCAGGCCUGAGCAAGGAGGAGACAGAAAGCAGGGAGAAGGAGCAGCCCAGACAUGUGGGGUCUCUGCCUCCCGAGGUCCUUGAGGCAGAACCCUGGGAACUCUGGUGGAGAGGGGACACAGAGAGCAAAGUCACCCAGCGGGAAAAAGCAGAUGCUGAAGAGGGAGACGAGGAGGCUGCAGGAGGAUGGGAGUCUGGACUGCCAGAGAGUCCAGAGUGGGGAAUGGAGGAGGGAGACACCUCUGUGGAGGAGAACCAGGAGCUGCAGGGAAACCAAGGGGCAGAGGCAGGGACAGGCCAGGCACUGGGACAGCCAGAGGCCAGAGAAACCAAGGACUAUGUGGCUGACAUCCCUGCACCAAGGGAGGCCGCCAGAGUACCCAGGGAAGGCUGGAGGCCGCGGGAGGCGGCUCUGAGCCUCCAGAACAGCGAGGACACUGGGACCAGUCCUCUGCCUGCUGAGAUGGUGGAGGGCCAGGCAGAGGGGCAGCCUGGGCAAGGCUGGGGCUCUGAGGAGGGACAGGAGGCCGGGGGAGGUGCGGAGCAGGUAGAGGCUGUGCAGGUGCUGCUGGAAGAAGAGUCGUCGGGGAAGUGGCAUGUGGGCGAGCAGAGGGGACACAGAGAGAGGCAGUGUGGGGGCCGCCACCCUGAGGGAGAGGCACGAAGGCCGCUCGGCGUGGACACCGCCGCGGGGACUGAUGGCUGGAGGACGGAAGCUGAGGGUGCUGCUCCAGAAGACCUGGAGGCUGUCCAGGGCCAGGAGGGGCAACCGGCACACCAGCCCCCUGUGGAGACUGCACCUGGGCCCUCUGCAACUGCAGAGGCCAUGGGGAGUGACAGAGGGGACACUCACAGCCACUGGAGUGAGGUCCUGCUGCCCGGGUCCCGCCUGGAUGUCUCUGUCUCACGGAGCCGUGCACUCCUGUCACGGAACUCCUCGAAGCGUCGUUCCCGGCCCUCUUUCUGGAGAGCGUCUGCCUCUGAGCAGCAGGACCCUCCCAGCCCCCAGCUGGAGGAGGAGCUGCCCACCCCUGAGCAGAGCCUUCUUCAGCUAGAGGAAGCCCCGGAGCCAAGUCCCUUGCGGCCUGGAGGGACCCCAGAGCUGGCCGGGAGAAAGCUGCUGGGACACGGGUUUGGCCUCGCACACCCUGGCAUGAUGCAGGAGUUGCAAGCCCGGCUGAGCCAGCGGAAGCCCCAGUGAUGGAGAGCAGCUGCCCCUUGGGAGUCCGCCCUGCGUGAGGGUCCGAAGGCCCGGGCCCUGUCUGACCUGGCUCUCUGCCACCCGCGUCCUUCCCAGUCUGGGCCUCACUGCUUGUUGUCUGGUUUGUGGAGUGGACAAGACCAGACAGCCGUGAAGACCUGGGACUCUGGGAGUCUGACUCUCUAGCGCAGCCUGGUGGCCCUUAUGCCACUGGGGCCUCUUCUCAAAGGCCCCUUGCCCUGGUCACCUCCUCAUCCUGUCCCAGCUCCUCAGAAGGCAGCACAGAAGGUCGAGGGAAUGGAGUCUGUUCUCCCACAGUCUUCCCUUGCUGAGCCCCACUCCACGCCUGAGUCCCCCAGAGAGCGGCGUGGGGUGACACAGCUGUGGGUGGAGGGAAGGGCUCACAGGCCUAGGGGCACUGCAUGGAUUCAGAGGGUGAUGUGCAGGCCAGCUGGGUUGAGCUUCCCAAAUGAUAGCUCAGCCAGGACUCUGCCGGUUACUAUGGCAACUGAGCUGGCCAGUCCAGGAAGGUGGACCAGAACCUCAAGAAUGUAGGUGCAGUGAGCAUUUCUGGGCAGCUCCAGAGGCUACCAAGGCCACUGUAGCCAUCCUGCUCCUUGGAUGUCAGGCACCUUUUCUGUGACAAGAUGCUGAAGCAGCGAGAGGGUGAGAAGGCUUUAUUAGGCACCCAGCACAGUGGCCCAGCCUGAGGAUGAAACAAUAAAUAAAUCAUCUCCUAAACAAUAAAUAAAUAUCCAAGAAAUAAA